CCUCCUCCUUCUCCGCCCCGCGGGCGGCACCCCGGCCCCGUCCAGCGGCUGCUCGCGUCGUCGGUUUCCGAGUUCGAUUGCUUACGGAGCAGAUUUUUUUUCCCCCCUAUUUUUCCUUUUACGAUUUGAAAAAGAGAAGAGAACGCACAGCAGGCUGGGACAGGGAAGAGCCACCAGCUGCCCCCACGUGGACACCAAUGAGGGGAAAGGGAGUUGGAAGCAAACUCAGUCCAGCUGGCCUUGAGGCUUCAACUUCUGCCGGACUCUGAGGCCUGGGGUCAUGACUCUCAUGCCGGGCAGGUGGAAGGCUUUACCUGUCCUGGGCUGGACUUGAGCCCCUGCCCGUCUUUAGCAACCAACCCCCCACCCCCUCCACCACACACACCGGACACCUGCGCUGGGCUCUGAUACCCGUCUGCGACAUGGAUAAGUAUGGGGACCUGGGCCUGGAGGCCAGUAAAUUCAUCGAGGAUCUGAACAUGUACGAGGCCUCCAAGGAUGGACUCUUCCGAGUGGACAAGGGGGCAGGCAACAACCCUGAGUUUGAGGAAACGCGCCGGGUGUUUGCCACCAAAAUGGCCAAGAUCCACCUCCAGCAGCAGCAACAGCUCUUGCAGGAGGAGACCCUGCCCAGGGGGAGCCGGGGCCCAGUCAACGGUGGGGCCCCCACGGGCCCACAGGCCCGCCGGGACGCUGGUGUGAGCAGCAAGCUGACCGUGGAUGGUGCUGCCAAGCCCCCUCUCGCUGCCUCCAUGGUGGGUCCUGGGACAGCUGCCUCUGUCGCCCCCGGGCAGCCCUUAUACCCACCCCAGGAGCAGAGGGCCAGAACAUAUGCCCGCGGCGCAAGUCACGGCAGCCAGGACUGCGGCUCCAAGGAAAACCUGGCAGGCUGGGAGAUGUCUGGCUUCCGCCCACUGGGCUCCUGCGAGGACCCUUCCUGCCUCACCCACGGAGACUAUUAUGACAACCUCUCCUUGGCAAGCCCAAAGUGGGCUGAUGAACCCCGAGUGUCCCCCGGCAUCAGGCCGGGCGCAGGGAGUGGGUGGCCUAGCUCCCCAGGGACAGACGCACCACUGCCCAAACCCUCCAGGGACCAUUCCCUGUACCAGCCUCAGCUGUCCCUGAGCUCCAGCAGGUCAUUUGAGAGCAGCCAGGAUGGUGCUGGUGGCCGCGGUGACGAGAAGCCGGCUGGGCUUUGGACUACCUCCUCCUCCCCUCGGGUGAGCCCUGGCCUUUCUUCCCCAGGCCCAGAGAAUGGGGCCAUGGUAGGGCCCCCUCCGCCCAGGACCUCCUCUUUCUUAGCCCCCUUGGCCCAGAGCUGCCCCAGCCAAGGAGCUCUUCCAAGAACAAACUCGGGGGUGGGCAGCGAGGUUUCAGGCCCGAUGCCCAAAGUUACGGUGGACCCUCAAGUCUGGUUCCAAGACGGACCCAAAGCUUACCUUUCUAGUUCUGCCUCAUCAUCCUCACCAGCCAGCGUGGACAGCAUGCCUUCGGGUGCGGCCCCUGGGCUGGGUCCCAAGCCAGUCUGCACAGACCCUGGCGUUGGUCCCAAGCUCAGCCCCACCAGCCUCGUCCACCCAGUGAUGUCCACCCCGCCUGAGUUACCUUGUAAAGAAGGUCCCCCUGGCUGGUCGUCGGAGGGCAGCCUGGGGCCUGCGCUCCCGGAGAGCCCCAGCCCCCCCAGGGUGAGGCUGCCCUGCCAGACCCUCGUCCCAGGCCCCGAGCUCGGGCCCUCCGCUGCCGAAUUGAAAUUAGAAGCCCUAACCCAACGUCUGGAGCGAGAAAUGGACGCGCACCCGAAGGCCGAUUAUUUUGGAGCCUGCGUGAAGUGCAGCAAAGGCGUGUUCGGGGCCGGCCAGGCCUGCCAGGCCAUGGGGAACCUCUACCACGACGCGUGUUUCACCUGCGCAGCCUGCAGCCGGAAGCUGAGAGGAAAAGCCUUUUAUUUUGUCAACGGCAAAGUGUUUUGUGAGGAAGACUUCCUGUACUCUGGGUUCCAGCAGUCUGCUGACAGGUGUUUUCUUUGUGGGCAUCUGAUCAUGGACAUGAUCCUGCAGGCCCUCGGGAAGUCCUACCACCCUGGCUGCUUCCGCUGCGUCAUCUGUAAUGAGUGUUUGGACGGGGUGCCCUUCACCGUGGACUCCGAGAACAAGAUCUACUGCGUCCGAGAUUACCACAAAGUGCUGGCCCCCAAGUGUGCAGCCUGCGGGCUUCCCAUCCUUCCACCGGAGGGCUCAGAUGAGACCAUCCGCGUCGUGUCCAUGGACAGAGACUACCAUGUGGAGUGCUACCACUGUGAGGACUGCGGUCUGGAGCUCAAUGACGAAGAUGGUCACCGCUGCUACCCGCUGGAGGACCACCUGUUCUGUCACUCCUGCCAUGUCAAGAGGCUGGAGCAGAGCCCCGCACCUGCAGCUUUUCACCAGCCGCGCUUCUAGCCGGAGCCUCUCUCGGACCUGCCAUGGGAGAGGAGAAGCGCAGCGGAGCACGACAUCUGCCUGUGACUUCCAGCGGCCCCCGGGAUGGGGUGGGGGGA